AUGCCGUCCGUGUCCGCAUUCCUGUGCGUCCCCACGUCCCCACAUCCCGUCCGUGUUCCUCUGCGCUCACGCCUCGUGCGUGCCUGCAGGCCUGUGUGUGCCGACCCAGAGCAGGGCCUGGGCCUACAAACGCCCCCAGACUCGUGUGUGGCAGUCAUGUCCACAUCCGCCCCUCUAAGAGAACUGGUCACAGCCCGGAGCCUCCAUGGGAACCCCCCAAGUCCUGCCCACGACAGCAAGCCCCUGCCUGGGGUCCUGACUUUCAGCCUCUCUUCAGGGACCCCAGUGCCUCUCGGAGAAGGCCUGGCCCCGAAUGGGCACCCUCACCCUGUCUUCCUUGGGCUGGGGGUCCGGUUGAGCAGGGCGCCCCGCGCACACCGGCCGUCUCAGUGGGUGAAGCCACGUCCUGGCCACAGGCCUGUCCUGGACCUGGAAGCCUCCAGGCAGGACGUCGCUACCAGGAUGUGA